AUGCGGUGUCUUGUGGUGUUCCUCACAGCCCUUGCUCUCUCCCAUGGCCAGGAGGUCACCAGGAUCCCUUUACACAAAGCGAAGUCGUUGAGAAACGUCCUGCAGGAGCAGGGGUUGCUGGACAUCUUUCUCACAACACACCAGGAUGUCUUCCACGGGAAGUACUCUAACUUUGGGAAGGUGGCCAGUGAGCCACUGAUCAACUACAUAGACAGUGAGUACUUCGGGACCAUCUACGUUGGGACGCCUCCCCAGGAGUUCACUGUGGUGUUUGACACGGGCUCUUCAGACUUCUGGGUGCCCUCUGUCUACUGCACCAGCAAAGCUUGCCGAAAUCACCACCGCUUUGACCCGUCCAAGUCCUCCACCUUCCAGAACCUGAGCAAGCCCUUAGUCGUCCAUUAUGGUACAGGCAGUGUGCAGGGAUUUCUGGGCUACGACACUAUCUCUGUUUCCAGCAUCGUGGACCCGCACCAGACAGUGGGUCUGAGCACCCAGGAACCUGGAGACGUUUUCACCUACUUCCCGUUUGAUGGAAUCCUGGGCCUGGGCUAUCCCUCCCUGGCCUCCGCAGGCUCCGUGCCUGUGUUUGACAACAUGAUGAACAGACACUUGGUGGCUCAAGACCUGUUCUCCAUUUACAUGAGCAGGUAUGAGCAGGGGAGCGUGCUUACCCUGGGGGCUGUGGAUUCAUCUUACUACACAGGCUCUCUGCACUGGAUACCUGUGACCAGGCAGCAAUACUGGCAGGUGGCUGUGGACAGAGUCACCAUCAAUGGUGUGGUGAUAGCUUGUGAUGGCGGCUGCCAGGCUGUCCUGGACUCAGGGACCUCCUUACUGGCUGGUCCCAGCAGAGACAUCCUCAGCAUCCAGAAGGCCAUUGGAGCAACACAGAGCCAGUACGGCCAGUUUGUCCUUGAUUGCUGGAGUCUGAAUAUGAUGCCCACUGUUGUCUUUGAGAUCCAGGGCAGAAAGUACCCAUUGCCACCCUUUGCCUACACCAUUCAGGAGCAGGGCUCCUGCUCCAGUGGCUUCCAGAGUAACACUCAUUCCCAGCUGUGGAUCCUGGGGACUGUUUUUCUCCGGGAGUACUACAGUGUCUUUGACAGGGCCAACAAUCGUGUUGGACUGGCUAAGGCUAUCUGA